GAGGUCAGGGCAAUUGUCAACAGCGGGGAGGUCCACGCCGCGUCAUGGGCCGCAGCCACCGCCGUCGCCUUCGACGGCCGCGUCGGCGCCGCGCGCCGCGACAUGCGGGUGCUGACUCAGCAGGUCGAGCGGCGCGACGCGGCCGCGCGCGACGAGGCUGCGUACAGGACGCCCGUCGGCGCGGUAUCCGCCGCCGCGGCGGCGGCCGGGCCCGCGUCUGCCGUGGGGCCCACCCGGCGGCGGCGGCCGCUGCCGCAUGUGGUUGGGGGGGCGGCGCCUUACUCGACUUGGGGCCGGCUCGGCGGCUCGGGGGAUGCGGCCUGGCCGCCGGCGGCCGCCAGGGGCUGCAGCAGCUGCGCGUUUACCCCCAGCCGCGACCACGAGGCCGCACGCACAGGCGGCGGCCGCGAGGGCGGCAGGGCGCUCAAGAGCAGCGGCGGCGCUCAGGGCGGCGACGGCGGCGGCGGGCGCGCGUGGCAGCCCCCGGCGGCGGCGGCUGCGGCGCAGGCAGCGCGGGUGCACAGUAUACAGGCGCCGCCGCGGCCGCUGUGGCGGCAGGAGGGGCUGCCGCAGGGAUUUGGCAGCGGCCUGGGUGGCAGCUUGGCGCUCGGCGGCAGCGCCCGCCAGCUCACAACGGCCGCUGUUGCAGCCCCAAUGUCCGGUCAGCCCCUGCCGUCGAACACGCGGGCGACGCCAGCGGCGGCGGCCUCGCGGCUUGCGAGCGUCCAGCACAUGCGGCAGUGCGCCGGCGCGUGGGCGGGCGGGGCCCCCAGCUGGGGGCCAUCGGUGGCGCGCGUCUUGCACCUUGCUCGACGCGUGCGGUAA